UUAAUUCUCUUGUUUGUAUUUUCUCUAAUAUUUGUUCAUUAGAGAAGUACUAACACACAAACACAACAACAACACAACAAUGGCUCGUCCAGUAAUUGUUAUUGCCCUUAUUUUUGUAGCCGUUGUUGGCGUGGCCAUGGCCAGUGAAGCCCCAUCUUCAUCACCAAAGUCAUCUCCAAAGACAUCACCAGCACCAAUAUCAUCAACACCGAAAGCAUCAGCACCCAUAGCAGCAUCCCCAAAAAGCUCACCGGCUCCUCCAACCCCAUUCGAGUCUUCUCCUGUUGCUUCCCCACCUGAGGGAGAGGAUUCCUUUGACUUUGAUGCUCCUGCACCCGGCCCCGGAGAUGAUGAGUUUGUAGAUGAAGAUUCUGCAGUUCCUGAAGAAGAAGAAAUCACAAGUAGAGCUUCUUCCCUUCAAGCGUCUGUUGUUGUCGCUGCAGUUGCAGCUGGCUUCUUUGCCUUCUAAAUUGUUUGUAAUGAACUUUUGAGGAAAUAAAUGUGUUGUUGUAAUAUCGUUGUACUUUAUUCUUUGUUGUGUUUGUGACAUAUGCAUGAUCAUA